AUGGUCAUGUUUUGUAAUGUAAUAUGUAAUAUAUACACGUGAGUGUGACCUGAACCAGAUGAAAUAUUGCCAUGUUUCUGGAUUUUUUUGAUCUUCGGGAUGUUAAAGGAAAUCCUGACGGAGCGGAGCUAAUGUUGCUAAUGCUAGCUGCCCAGGAUGUCUAAACUGGAACGUCUGAAUGCCCGUGUGGCCAAACUGCUGACUGAGGCUGUGCAGGAGGUUCUGGAGCUGGUGAAAGAGACGGUCUGCGAGUACCAACAAAGAACCUUCAGAACACAGAGAGAAAACGAAAGUCUGAAAAGACAACUGCAGGAGCUGCAGGCCAGUCUAACCAAAGAAAACACAGCUGUUCUCUCUUCGACUAAGCCGUUUCUUGAGAAAACGGAUCACGCGGACGAGCGAAGCCAGGAUUUGCUCUUCUUUCAGAAUCAUCAACCAGAUGAAACUUCCACAGAGUCAACGCUGAUCAGCGCCGCUGAUCUCGGUGUGAAGCAGGAGCAACGCGCCGAUUACAAAUCAGGAGCUGAGCGCUGCAGAGCAACAAGCGAGGAAGUCCAGGCGUUGCACUGUGCAACCAGGGAAUCGGACUCUGCGUCGUCCAACAACGUCUGCAACUCUUACACUGGCGGGAUCCAGCUUCCUGCCAUCAAAACAGAAACGGAGCAGCAGCAGGAGGCUGGAUGUGUCGACUUGAGCUGCAGCUCUUCUAAAGACCUCGGUCCACAAGCCGGCGCAGAAAGAAACGGACUCGUCUUCGUCGAUUUAAAUCUCGCCCCCAAUGGGAGGCAUGGCGUCGUCAACGGCAACAGGGCCGGCACGGUCAACGGUAGGCAAAUCAGUUUGGAUCAUGUUUGCCGAAGCGGCCUCCAUCUCUGUGUCGUGUGCGGGAAAACGUUCAGCAGGGUGGCCAACCUGAGGAUCCACCAGCGGUGUCACACAGGGGAGAAACCGUACGGCUGCGUACAGUGUGGGAGGCGCUUCAGCCAGGCGGGAGACCUGAAGAAACACAGGAGGGUCCACACAGGGGAGAAACCUUACUACUGCAGCCAGUGUGGGAAGAGCUUCAGCCGAGGAGAGAACUUGAAGAGACACCAACGGAUUCACAUUGGAGAAACUCUGCAGCUGCAGCAAGCGUGGACAGAGCUGCAGUAGACGGACUCGGCACACUUUCUGCAUCUCAUCUUAUAGAUUUUAACAUAUUUGAUCAAGAUUUGUUUGGCUACAUUUCCACAGCAGGCAAAUGCGUCCCACAUUUGAUUUGAUUUGAAAUCGGAUUCCAGGAAAAUAAAAAAAGAAUUAACGCCAAGACCUGCUGUAUGAACGAAGCUUUAGUGUUCUUUGAAACAAAAUGUCCCACCAUCUUGCUACUCAGUCCAUCAAAUGCCUUCCUUUUUCACAUAUACACAGCUAUGAUGAAGCUUUGUGUAGGAAUUGCUGCAUGUGUGAGAUGAUUAAUCAGUUUAAUUGUGAUUAAUCAAAUAUGAAAAUAAUUGUCAACUAAUUUAGUCUCUUUUUAAUUAAGUGGAGUAUACGUACUCAAGAAAAAAAAGGUCAUUUGGUGAAGAAAUAACAUUCAUAGCAGUAAUUAAGACAAAACUAAACGAAAAAUUGUACGUUUUGCAUGUAAGAUGGAAAAAACAAACAAACAUGCUCCACUCAGAUCCUCUCAAGGACCAUAGUUUAAGCUUGAUCCAAUUCAAAUUCUGGGAAAACAUCUAUUACCAACCUUUUGCUAUCCAGUUAUUAAUCAGUUAAUUGAAAAACACAAGCAACAGAUUAAACUUACACUGUUAAUAAAGCAAAAAGGGUUUUUUAUGUUUCUUUUAGUUUCAGAUGCAUCCUUUGCUACAAAUGACCAAUGUUUGCCUAAAAACAUUGUAUUUUUUAUUUUAAAGUGAAUAUGAUUAUUUGCAUUUUUAAAAUCUGUUUCUAAUAAUACAUAAAACCAUUUUUAGUGUUUAAAUGAAAAAUCUGCACAAUGUGACAGUUAUGUCAUCCGAAAAAUCAUCAAAAUCAUCAAUAGAUUAAUCUGUUGCUAAAACGGCCCUGUAGUGACGCAGUGAGUUUUAACGGUGAUGAACUCCAGAUUAGUGCAUGAUGAAGGAAAAGUUAUUCUCAGUUCAUCAUCACAUUUAAACUGUUGUGACCUGAAUUCAUAUCCAGUAAAGCCGCUUCACCAUAUUUAAGCUGAUAAUUGUUGUUUACAUGGUGGGAAAUAUUUUUUUGUAACUUCUUCUCUGUAACCAUAAGACAUGCAGCGGCGCCUGUUACUAGUUGACUCCUUUGUCCUGCAGCCUAAACGGUUCAAACAUUUAUUUUUGAAAGACAAAAAAUGGCUGAGUUAAUUAUUUCUAGCCAGUUGAAUCUUUAACAGCCUUAUCAUUCAUUACAAACUUGUUGAAGUAGCCGAUGCUUUUUCUCCCACAUAGUUUAACCAGUUUGAUCAGUGGUUGGUAAUCUGACGGUAAUAUAUAAAUUUAAAGUGCAAACAUUACACAACUAGAUGUCUUGAUUUAAUUUCAAUUAACCAAUAAAGUUGGUUACAAAUAAUUCCUGUGAGUUACUUUUUGUUCUUUAUCUUUGUAAAUAUGGAGUUGUUAUAUAUAUAUAUAUGGCUCUGCACCCAGGGUGUCAUUCCAUCAGAGAGCAGGAUCAGAACUUUAAAAUAUUUCUAAUCACUAAAUAUUUAUUUUGCUGACUGAAAUUUUAGUUCUGAACUACUUAUUUUCCAAAUUAUGCAGGUAAUUGUCAA